AUGAAACUAUUAGAUAUUCCGACAGAAUUGAUUCAACGGAUCAUCAGCUUCUUGGUUGGCGAAAUUGGCCCACUAUGGGUAUCCGACUACCGACUUGUCUGCAAACUAUUUGCCCAUGAGAUCCAAGAAGAUGUCUUGAAGCGACAACCACUCAUCGCAUACUCGGAAAAUGAGCGGAACCUACCCAGUCCAGUGGACCGCCACAUCUUCACCGCCAUAGAUAACGCGAGGUUUGAGAAGCUGUUUGCUCAACAUGGUGGCACCAUCAUAAGUCAUGAGGCCCUCCGACGACAGAAAACGCCUUUGCCAAUAGUCGAAUACUUGCGGACACUCACUGAUGCCAUAUUGGAACCUGAAGAGAUUGAUCUUUUGGGCGACUUCCGAAAGCAAUACAUGGUGCAGAUAUGCACGGCUCUGUCCAGUGUGUACUACAAGCAACUUCGAUGGCGCCUGUUCCUACGCGACUACUCUGACCUUCAGGAGCCAGAUAUCGAAGAUGACUUACCCGCAGCGUUGGCCGCAACGGGGAAAUUGACGAAGCUUCUAGAACUCGUUGCGGACAGCCCCGACCGCUUAAGACAAAGCUGUUCCUGCUUGUCCAGUCCGUUAGAGGCAGCUGCAGCGUGCGAUCAAGUGGAAGUGGUCAAAGCUAUCAUAACAGCCUUCUCAGCCUCAGACCGAGAAACUCACAAGUUGUCCCGACCCGCCAACGGGGCCGGGCUUAUUGCUGCGAUGCGCAAAGGGGCGAGGCUAUCUGGAAACGUUCUGCUUGAUGAAUGCAUUCUUACAUCGCGAGUCAAAAACUCCAGUUGGCUCCACUUGACUAAGGAGGUGGCGAGGCAUGCUGACAAUGGAUUUAUGAAGAGACUGCUGGAAAUGAACAAGGACGACGAUGGAAAACUUGCGGGACUAAAGAAGUAUGAGGCGGAGUACGUGCUGCAGGAGGGCAGUUGUUCGGUCUUACGCGCAAUCAUUCAGGACGGUUACCUAGAUCCCAACGGAACAAUUGGAGACUCGACACCACUUACUUUAGUGAUAAGACACCAUCGUUACGACCUCGCUCGGGUACUUGUUCAACAUGGCGCCUACGUUGAUAGCAUACCCAACACUGGAGAACCUGUGACCGCGUUGUGGCAUGCAGCUAAAACGGGUUAUCGCGGAUAUGGCGACAAUACCUUGCCUGGAGUCAGGUUUCUUUUGAAACAUGGAGCGGACCCGAAUUUUGGAGGGGACUGGAGAUCUCCGCUUCAAGCCGUGAAAGGGUUAUGGCCCGAUGUGGGUUACCUUUUACAGCAGGCAAAAGACAAUGGCCGCGAUGUUGUACUAAAUCUGGAAACCUGGAGGAAGUACCAAGACAGAUCGGCAGGGGAAGUGCGCAUAGUGAUUGACUAG